CUUCCCCAAUUGCAAACACACACACAAUACAGAGACAUACAAAGGUGACUACGUAUACACACGAAUUCGAAGUAUAAACCAGGACGAGAAAGAUGGAGGAAAUGGAUAUAGAACAAAAUAACCCGGAGAAGGCGCAGCGGCGGAAGCGUCCACCGGCGGAUCCUCUCGAGAAUCACCCGUAUUUGGAGUUUCCUACGGAGUCCGACGCUGCUCUCCGUUGCGAGAAGCUUCGGAAGAUGUAUGUCGGUGAACAUUUUGCGGUUUCUUGGAAAACCCUCCGGAAGCUCGCGGUUGAAGAUUGGGCGCGGGAGUUUGUUCCCCUUGAUUCACCGUGGGAUCGUCUGUUUGAGCUAUCGUUUACGCCGACCUACAGGGAGAUACUGAUCGAGUUUCUGUCGUCGUUCGAGUUUCAUCCUCGUCGGCCAGAUCAGGUUGUGGACCCCGCGCAGCCCCCUCCCCCGCCUGAGGUUUCUUUUCGCAUGGCUGGCCAGGCGCGUUCUAUGUCACUUGCACAGUUUGCGGUGCAUAGCGGUUUGUAUACGGAGGCUGAGAUCGCUACGGAUCUUUAUACGACGGGGCUGGUAAUAGUUGAUAAACCCACGCUUUUAGGGUUUUGGACUCUGAUCGCGGACAUCAAUCAUUGGGACCACCGACAAUCCAAGGGGAGGGUUACGCUGAUUGAGGAUCCGCUCUUCAGGUAUUUGCACAAAAUGAUUUCCACUUCGAUCACUGCUCGAAACAAAAGCCGGGAGCGGUGUACGAGUGGUGACUUGUUUUUUUUAUAUUGCCUCUUAUACAAGAGGCCGUGCGCUCUCGCCUAUGCGUUGGCGCAGUACUUCACCUCCGCGUAUCAUCGAUAGGAGCGCGGACUGCUAUUCGGCGGCGCCUACGUGACCAAGAUAGCCCAUUCGUUGGGCUAUCAUCUGGAGAAUGACCGCGACCGUGUAGGCCCGGCGACACAGCCAAAGCGGAUGGGGAUGAACACAAUAAACGGAAUGCAAAUUACCAAAGACUUUCCAUGCGGGAAACAGUUAAAGCAAAUGGACGGCACGCAAUAUGAGCUUACACAACUGCCGAACAGUUCCCCCCGUAUUUUCCCCCGCACGAUCCGGAGCCGCCGGAGCCGCAUGAGCCAGCCGUUGUUCUUCCGCAGCCACCACCGCCGCGUGGACCACCUAGGGCGCCUCAGUUCCCACGCCAUGUUUGGCCCGGUCCUGACCCAUCACAUCAGCGGCUGCUUCAGUACGUUGAAAGGAACAACUAUCUGUUGGAGUGGGUGGCUGCGGCGCUGCAGCAGCAGCGACAGCAUGACGGGUUACCUCCACUACCCUUCAUUGCGGAUGCGGAAUGGGAUCAACAUCAGCAUCAGCAUCAGCAUCAGCAUCAGCAUCAGCAGCAGCAGCAGGAGUAUUUUAUCAUUUUGUUAUGUAUGCACAAACUUUUCUUGUAUAUAUCAAACUUUGGGUGUACAUAUAAAACUUUUGCUGUAAAUGGUUUAACAUAUUCGAACAGUACCC